AUGAUGAACCAGACAAUGAGUCAAUUAUUAUUUAUGGCAUAUAUUAGUGGUUUAAUUAUGCUUAUCCAAUCAGUUCCAUAUCAUAGAUCAUCAUCAUCCUCAUCAUCAUUUCGAAGAAUAGAUUCAUUGGAAAACUUCAAGAAAUUAUCAAUGACACAUGAUAAUACAAUUGAAACAAUCAUGAAAACUAUUCAACCAAUAAUGAAAUGGAAUCAACAACCAGGUAAAUUAGAUAAUUUAUUCAUUAUUAAAAAAUCAAUAAAUUAUGCUUUAAAUAAUUAUACUAUUAAACCAACAUUUUAUCAAUAUGUGAAAUCAUGCUGUAAUCGUGAAGUAAUGAGACCAAUGGGUGGUGGACAUAUGACUGGACCAUGUUGUAAACAAUUAAUUAAAUUUAAUCAUUUUAUAUGGUUAUCAUUUCCAUGGUUUAAAAAAACAUUAACAAAAUUCACUACUGAUUAA